AGAGACCUUACUCGGACUAGGAAGACUGGAGGAGGACUCUUAUAUGCGAAGAAAACUCCUUUUCUCUCUCUUUCUGGGGUAUAAAACUUUCCCAUCAGAAAUUCCCUAGCUUUCAAAUUCCCUAAGGUGAACUUACCCCCCUCGCCACACCCAAAUUCUCAAAAAACCGAUCGAAACCAUAUAAUAAAUUCUGUUCCUUUGUGUAGAGGGUCUUUGUUUUCGCCAUGGACGAGAACGACUUGAAUAGCGACCACGUAAACUCCGAUACAACUGUUGAUGACGAUGAUGCCGAUUGCUACUACGACUUCUUCAUCAAAGGAGACGACCCCAUGGACCCAGAAGAUGCCAAGUCUCAUCAAGGUUCAGGCCAGAAAUACACGAUCUUGAACCAAGCAGACAUGCGAAAACGGCAGGAGGAUGUUAUUGCAGAGGUAUCCACGGUUCUGAGUGUCUCGGGAGCGACUGCAACGAUUCUACUUCGGCACUUCAAUUGGAGUGUUGGAAAUGUUCACGAGGCGUGGUUCGCCGACGAAGAUGAUGUCAGAAAGAGGGUGGGAUUGUUGGACUAUGAUAAGCAACUUUCCGAUGUUAACGCCGGUGAUCGAGCCUCCUGCGGUAUCUGUUUCGACGUAUAUCCUCGGGAUAGGAUUUUCUCGGUGGGCUGCGGUCACCCUUUUUGCAGAGAGUGCUGGGGAGGUUACAUUAGGUCGGCGAUCAAUAAUGGUCCCGGGUGUUUGACGCUGAGAUGCCCCGACCCGUCUUGUAGUGCCGCUGCCGACAGAGACGUCAUCGACAUGUUGGCGCUGUCCGAUGAUGACAAGAAGAAGUACUCGCAGUACCUGUUGAGAUCCUAUGUCGAGGAGAACAAGAAAAUCAAGUGGUGUCCUGGUCCGGAUUGCGAGUACGCCGUUGAGUUCGACGGAGGUGGCGGCGGUGAAGACAGUUGGGACGUUUCUUGUCUUUGCUAUUACAGUUUCUGCUGGAAUUGUCUCGAGGACUCUCACCGUCCGGUUGACUGUCAAACUGUAUCGAGCUGGCUCUCCAAGAACACGGACGAGUCUGAAACCAAGAUUUGGAUUCUAGCUCGCACAAAGCCUUGCCCCCGGUGCCAGAAAUCAAUCGAAAAGAACGGCGGGUGUAUGCACAUGACAUGCAAUCCGCCAUGUAGAUAUGAGUUUUGCUGGAUAUGCCUUGGAGAUUGGUAUAAUCAUGGAACAUGUAAUAGGUAUAAUGAAGCGGCUGAUGUCGAGGCUGACAAGAACAGAGAAGAUGCAGAGAAAUAUGUAACGAAAUACACCCAUUACUAUGACAGAUGGGCAGCAAAUCACUCUUCACGGCAAAAAGCCAUUGCAGACAUGCAGCGAGUGCAGAGCAUGCAGAUUAGGAGGCUUAUUGAGACACAGGGCAAAGCAGGAUAUGAGCUUUUGUUCAUAACGGAUGCCUGGGAACAGAUCAUUGGGUGUAGGCAAGUACUCAAGUGGACUUAUGCAUAUGGGUAUUACCUUCCUGAGAAUGAGCAUACAAAAAGAAGGCUGUUUGAGUUCUUGCAGGGGGAGGCGGAGAAGGGUCUCGAAAGGCUUCACGAAUGUGCCGAGCUGGAGUUGAAUCAGUUUCUCGUUGAUUAUGGCAGGCCGUCGGAAGGUUUCAGGGAGUUCGAAGUAAAGCUGAAGGGCCUGACCAUGGUUACGAGGAAAUACUUUGAGAAGCUGGUGAGAGCAUUAGAGAAUGGACUAUCAGAGGUGCAAGUUUCUGGGUCUGAAGAAAUAGGACAAAACAUUCCAAUGACUUCUGCUGAAGGGUAGUUGCACUGACCAAAAGAUUGUCAGAGCAUGAGAGAAAUGUCCAUUAGAGAUGCAGUCCUUUAGGUAUGAUUCUUUAGCUUUGAAGACACAGGAUUAUCGUCUUGCCU